AUGUCUUCUACAACUGUCCGGAGCAUGAGAGAACGUUCUCCUUCUUCCUAUUCACUGAAGAUCCAAAACUUCUCCCAACUUGAGAAAUCAAAUCUUUUCUCUGAUGGCAAAUAUCAAUCCCGUAUCUUCUCCUCUGGUGAUCCAAAAGGGAACGAUAAGGACAACGGAAGUGACUUUAUUUCAAUGUAUUUGAAAUUAGAUAGCACUAGCUUGUCCUCCAAACCAUCAAGUGAGGUGUUUGUAGAUUUUCGGUUUUUUGUCUUUAACAAAAAAGCAAACAAGUACUUUACCAUUCAUGAUGUAGAAUCAAAGCCGUUCAAUAGUUUAAGAUCUAUGUGGGGAUUGCCACAAGUGCUUCCGCUUAAUAUAUUCAAAGACCCUGAUAAUGGAUAUGUCAUUCAAGAUCAAUGCGAGUUUGGUGUUGAUGUCAUUGUUGCUCCACCCCCUACUAACUGGGAAAUCAUCUCUUUUAACGACAAACUCCCUCAUCCCAAAUUCUCUUGGAGAGUUAAGAAUUUCUCUGAGCUGAAAGAGCAUUGUUAUUGGUCGCGCAGUUUUACAAUUGAGGGAAGACAAUGGAUUCUAAAGUUGUAUCCUGUAGAAGAUGAACGGGACCAAGGAAAAUGGAUCUCCAUUUUUCUGAGUCUCGAAGAGAGUGAAAGACUUGACCAAGAUGAAAAGAUUUUCAAGCAAGCUAAUAUUCGAGUGCUAGACCCCCGUGGAUCCAACCAUUUGUCACUUUCAAGUAACAAUUGGCACAAAAAAUCAGCUCGAGGUUGGGGGUUCUGUCAAUUUGUGUCUAUGGAUGAUCUUAGGAAGAUUUACUUGGACGUGGAAGGCGCUUUGAAUAUAGAGGUUGAAUUUGAUGUUGUUUCCACAACCAAAUUCUCACCCCCAUGA